GUGCUUCAGGUCUGGUUCCUGAAUCUGUGCUGAUCGUUACAGAAGAAUGAGUUCAGCUGCUCAGCUGAUGAUCACGUCAAACUUCUGUCAUGUGGAAUCAAAUGGGACCAUGAGCCACAGAGCAGGUGUAUCAAAGAAGUCCCAGCUUGAGAUCUUACCCAUCACAGUGUCUCAGCUGCUGUCUGCUUCCCAGACCAGCAGUGAUGGCUUUGCUCUCUGUGGCUGGGAACUCCACCAGGUUUCCGUUGUGGGCAUCGUUAGUGGACUUGUUCCGUUCGUGACGAACGUCCAGUACUCUGUGGAUGACAUGACUGGUCCACCUCUGAAUGUGAAGCUGUGGGUUGACAUGGAGGACUGCUCGACUACCUUUGCUUCUCCAGGAACAUAUGUGAAAGUCAUCGGAAGUCUUCGGAACUUCAAUGGUCAAAGAUCUUUACUGGCAAUGGAUAUCCGCUGCAUCACGGACUUGAAUGAGAUCACAUCCCACAUGUUGGAAGUGGUACAAGUUCACAUGCAGCUCUUUGGAAAGGUUUUUGACGUAAACAUGAACCCCACCUCCGUUUUGGUGCCUGGUGGGAGCAGUGGCGUGCAUCCUGAAAACAUCUUGCCAAACAAUCUGUCAACAAUCCAAAGCCAGGUCUUCCAUGUAAUCCGGAGGUUCUCUGUCCGUGUGGAAGGCAUCAGUUUCCAGGACCUGAGGACAGAGCUGGACUAUCUCAGUACGCUGGACAUCAGAACCUCGCUGGCUUUUCUCAUAAAUAAAGGUCACAUCUUCUGUACAAUCGACGAGCAUCAUUUCAAGUCUGCAGAGCAUUAAUUGGCUUCCUGACAGCUGGGAGUAAACGGAAAAGUCCGGGCCUGUGGCUGAUAGGAUGGAGGAGCUGUUCACAUUGUUUGGUGAUAAUCUGAGUUAUUGUUUCAUGGUUUUUGUUUUGGUGUAAAACUGAAAAUGCAUUUACUGUUUUCUAUAAAUGGCUUCUGGUUUGCUGCUCAGGCUCCUUUCCGUUGGCCAUAUUAUACACAACUUGUAGAUGUCCUGCAACUGACAAUUAAAGCAUUGUUUGAAAAGCAUCUGUUGCAGGCCUCAGUCUGAAUAGCUGCAGUUCAGCCCCUUUUACACCAUUCAGUGAUGCCAUAAUCCAAUCACCUCA